UUUGCAAUUGUUAUAUACUUUAAUCUUUAUUUAUGCAGGGACUCAAACCAAUAGUACCUACUGAAUCCCCACCUUUGAUUUUUGGGACAACAACUAAGCUUGCUUCAGAUUUACCAGCAGAUGGUUCUUUCUUGGGUAAAAACAAGGUGCCAGACCUACAGAAACUUUUUCAGAAAGCAGACGGGCUGCCAGUCCACCUGAAGCGGGGAGUUCCAGACAAGCUGCUCUAUCGGACCACGAUGGCUCUGACAAUAGGCGGGACAAUCUACUGCCUGGUAGCACUGUACAUGGCCUCACAACCAAGAAACCAGAAGUAAAUGAGCC